UUCAAACCCGACAACUUUUCGGCAGGUUCCCUCUCCGAGCGUAGACAGUGCACCAAGGCGUAUGUGAUAGUUCUUAAGCGCACACUCAAUAAUAAUCGUCAGUGACUGUGAUGUAAUUAGUUCGGCUUAUCGGUUAACGCGUAACUCGGGUAUCGUCAACCUGUCGGAAUCGAGACAUCCCUUUCCGGUGGUCAUCAUCCGUUGUCAGUCGAUAGUCUUCGCUGCCAAAUGCGAACCAUCAUUAGAUGAGCCGUCUUGUGCAGAAGUCGUGCCAUGUCCGUCAGCAUCGUCGACCAGCUGCUGUAACGACUGCAACUGCAACAAGCCGUCAAAGAUGAUAGCGAGCUUUUUCCCCGACCACAUACUGGGGAGAGGACAGAACGCCGGCAGCAGCAGAACUUCGGUGGCAUCGAAGGUUACCGCCACCGAGGGACACAAGAACCAGCUGUAUCAUCGGAUCAUCUACGCACUCAUUAGCGAUAAGUUCAUCAAGAACCGGCGACUCCGCAAAUCGUCGGCCUUUGCACUGCUCUACCUGUCGUACGUGUUUAUCAAGAUGCUUCCAGUGACGCUGGCCAUCGAGACCGGGGCCGGUGGGGUGGUGGCCGUGGCAACCGCCGGCGGCGGAGGAGGAGGUGGGGACGGAACGGGACUCAAGUCCGGCGUGACCGGACUCACCACGCACUCGCGGACGCUGCCCGAGAUGGCGAUGGGACAGCCGCCACCCCACCUGGACGAGGACGACGACGACUACGACGACGAGGAGUACGACGAGUACGACAUCGUCAAGAAUAAGUCGGCGAAAGGAAUGUACGUGGGGGCGCCGUGCGAGUUCACGUGUCACCCCAAGCUGCACCACGUGUACUGCGACCCGUCGACGAACGUGUGCAGCUGCGAGAAGGAUUACGUCGUGCUGUUAGGAUUACUAAAAGGAUGUGCCAAGCCCAAAAAGUUGGGCGAUCAAUGUUUCCACGAUCAGACCUGCAUCUACAACGACGAGCACGCCCUCUGUGUCCAGAUCCGGCACAACGCCAUCUGUCAGUGUGCGCCCGGUUUCCACUCCGUUAGCUACUCAAAGCCAACCAAACGUGUCUUCUGCACGCAAGACAUGGCCUCCAUAACUGCGGAUCUUCCGACACUGUUCGGUGUCACCAGUGGCAUUGCCGUGCUGGCCGGCCUCAUUUGCAUGGUACUGCAUUUAUUUAGCAAAACGAAAUAUCCUCGACCUCGACAUUUCGGCGAUGCCAACCUUGCGCCGCCGAUCUUGUACAACAGUGAUACAGGGAUUCCAUUGACAAUACAGUCGGCGCGGCCGUCAUCGCGUUCCAGUCAACGAUCUAGCGGUUCCAUCGGUUCCUAUGGCAAUCGACGGCCGUCCUCGGCGCCCUUGCACGGCUCCAAAGGCGUCCUGGUGUCAACCUCGCGUACAGGUUCCCGAAGACCAAGUUUAGCUUCGGUGCACAGCACAACGUCGUCGGUUCGGAGUUACAGCAUGCGGCGGUUCGAGCAGGAAAUCCACCAAAAGGAGCUGCGGCAGGAGAUGAAGAAGCACCUGAGUCGGCUCCAGGAGCAGCAGCAGCUGCAAAAGAUCAAGCCGAACAUCAUCAUCGGCGACGUGAUAUCCUGCCCGAUGAACAAACCGAUCCUGACCACGCCCAGCCCGAUGACGCCGAACUCGAUCGACGACCUGCUGCCGUCGGUGGACGAAACGCAGGAGUUUUCUCCUAUCCUUAGCCAGAGAUCUGUUAGUGAAAGUACGUGCGGCGGCUUUGACGGCCCUUGUAGCUCCACGGAACUGUUAAAAUAGUAGAAGCUGUUGUAAUGCAAAGCAAACAAACAAACAAAACUCAUACCCAAGUGCAGCCCAAUGUGAAUCCACACACACAUACACACAAACACGAACACAUAAACACGUUUAUACAUCAAACAGAAAGUUAAGCAACUUGAGCCAUAAACAACAUAAAACAAAAACAUUAAAACCAUCAAAACACUGGCGAAGGACACAAACCUAGUGGCUAUCAUCAUUGUUGAAUAGACAUUUUAUGGAAUUUUUAGAUAAGUUACUAUCACUUAAGUACGACAUUUAUAUAGUGUAAUUACAAAA